GUAAACUGCAUCCUUCUUUUUUUUUUCAUGAUCUCUGGAAUUGCCCAAGGCAGUUUUAAGAAGAACAGAGGGAAUUCAUCAUAUGUAUUAGCAAGCUUUUGUCAUCUUUUUUUUUUUUAAUUCAAAUGUUUUUAUAAUUUUGUGGUGCCUGAGAUUUUUUUUUUUUUUCUGCUUCCUCCAUCCUUCAUUGGUGCUGCGCUUAGUCAAUGCGUGAGAAAUCCUCGCUGUGCGUAGAAUAGGCAUCUCAUGAGAAGGGAUGCAGAUGAAGGCUGUCAGAGUAAGUGAGGGGAAGGCACGCUGCAAAUGGAGCCAGGGAUGCUAGAGAUGUACACUGGAAAAGGCUGGGAAUGGGUUGCACCACUAGUGUCAUCCUUUUCAAAAGCAUUUGCACAGUUCUAGAGAGGAAUUGUGCUUAUAUCUGCAAACAGCAAGGAGAAAAUAAUGCCAUCGACUAUACAGUACAGAGCUUAUCAAGAGAAGAUUCUGGCUUCACACAUUCAUCACUGGCAAAGCCAAAGCUCAUUGAACCCAUUGACUAUGAGAAUGUUAUUGUACAGAAGAAAACACAAAUACUGAAUGAUGCACUACGGGAGAUGCUCCUCUUUCCAUAUGAUGAUUUUCAGAUAUCAACCUUAAAGCGCCAGGGUCGAUAUACAUGUUCAACUGUUCCAGACAAUGCAGAAAAGGAAGCACAGAGUCUCUUUGUCACAGAGUGCAUCAAAACAUACAACUCUGACUGGCAUGUUGUCACUUACAAGUACGAGGAGUAUUCAGGAGAUUUCCGACAACUUCCAAACAAAGGAACCAAACCAGAAAAGCUCCCAGUGCAUGUGUAUGAAGUAGAUGAAGAAGCGGACAAAGAUGAGGAUGCAGCAUCCCUCGGGUCACAGAAAGGGGGAAUCACUAAACAUGGCUGGCUGUAUAAGGGAAACAUGAACAGUGCAAUAAGCGUCACCAUGAGGUCUUUCAAAAGAAGAUUUUUCCACCUUAUUCAACUUGGUGAUGGCUCAUACAACCUAAACUUCUACAAAGAUGAAAAAAUUUCCAAAGAACCUAAGGGGUCAAUAUUCCUUGAUUCCUGCAUGGGUGUUGUACAGAACAACAAAGUAAGACGCCUUGCCUUUGAGCUGAAGAUGCAAGACAAGAGCAGUUAUCUUCUGGCUGCAGACAGUGAUGCUGAAAUGGAGGACUGGAUCAACACGCUUAACAAAAUCCUGCAGUUAAACUUUGAAGCUGCCAUGCAAGAAAAGAGGAACGGAGAGUCCCAUGAAGAUGAUGAACAGAACAAAUUUGACAAUUCCACAUCCAGUAUUGACAGUUACCUUCCAGAGAAAAGUACAAGAGAAGCAGAAUCCAAAUUGAAAAAUGAAAGCAGAGUCAAGCUUUUUGCCUUGGAUUCAGACACACAGAAACUUGACUUCUCUGGAAUUGAACCAGAGGUAAAACCCUUUGAAGAGAAGUUUGGGAAAAGGAUACUGGUGAAAUGUAAUGAUUUAUCCUUCAAUCUGCAAAGCUGUGUGGCUGAAAAUGAAGAGGGACCUACUACAAAUGUUGAACCAUUUUUUGUCACGCUAUCCUUGUUUGAUAUUAAAGCCAACAAGAAGAUGUCUGCUGACUUUCACGUGGAUUUGAACCAUUCCUCUGUGAGGCAAAUGAUUCCCACUCCUCAACAGAUUUUAAAUGGUGGAGGAGAUUUUGGGCGCAGGAUUGCAGGAUGUGUACAGGAAUCAAUGCUGCAGUAUCCCAAACAGGGAAUUUUUUCUGUCACAUGUCCUCACCCUGACAUCUUCCUUGUGGCCAGAAUAGAAAAGGUUCUCCAAGGGAGCAUUGCACAUUGUGCUGAGCCCUACAUGAAGAGCUCGGAUUCUGCAAAGGUGGCUCAGAAGGUUUUAAAGAAUGCCAAACAAGCAUGCAGCAGACUUGGACAGUACAGGAUGCCAUUUGGCUGGGCAGCAAGACCAUUGUUUAAAGAUUGUUCAGGAACACUGGACAAGACUGCAAGAUUUUCUGCUAUUUUCCGUCAGGAUAGCAACAAACUGUCAAAUGAAGAUAUGUUGAAAUUGCUUGUUGACUUUAGAAAGCCUGAAAAGAUGGCCAAGCUUCCAGUUAUUUUAGGAAAUUUAGACAUUCACAUUGACAAUGUGUCUCCUGAUUUUCCAAAUUAUGUGAAUUCCUCUUACAUUCCUAUGAAGCAAUUUGAGAGCGGUGCAGAUACUGUGACGUUUGAAGUAGAAGAGUUUGUUCCUUGCAUUCCCAAGCACACACAACCGUUCACCAUCUACAACAACCACCUCUAUGUUUACCCAAAGCACUUGAAAUAUGAUGGCCAGAAGGCCUUUGCAAAGGCCAGAAACAUAGCCAUAUCAAUUGAAUUCAGAGAUUCAGAUGAUGAAGAGGCACAGCCGUUAAUGUGUAUAUAUAGCAGGCCUGGUUGUCCUGUGUUUGUGAAAAAUGCAUUGGCCUGUGUUUUACACCAUCAGCAGAAUCCUGAGUUCUAUGAUGAGAUUAAAAUAGAGCUGCCCACACAACUUCAUGAAAAACACCAUUUACUGUUCACAUUCUACCAUGUCAGCUGUGACACUUCUAGCAAGGGAGGCACAAAGAAGAAGGAUGUUAUUGAAAGCCAAGUUGGAUAUGCCUGGUUGCCUUUGCUAAAGGAUGGUCGAGUGGUCACCAACGAGCAAAACAUUCCAGUGUCUGCCAACCUUCCCACAGGUUAUUUGGGCUAUCAGGAAUUUGGAAUAAGCAAGCAUUCCGGUCCAGAAAUUAAAUGGGUGGAUGGAGGAAAGCCAUUGCUGAAAAUCACUACUCAUCUGGUGUCCACUGUUUAUGCACAGGAUCAACAUUUGCACAACUUCUUUCAGUAUUGCCAGAAAAAUGAAUCUGGAGCACAGGCCUUAGGAAGUGAACUUGUGAAAUAUUUGAAGAGUCUCCAUGCAAUGGAAGGACAUGUCAUGAUUGCCUUUCUACCUACAAUCCUUAACCAAAUGUUUAGAGUACUUACAAGAGCUACUCAGGAGGAAGUGGCUGUCAAUGUGACACGAGUCAUUAUCCAUGUGGUUGCUCAGUGCCAUGAAGAAGGACUGGAGAGCUACCUGAGGUCAUAUGUAAAGUAUGUAUACAAGGCAGAGCCAUAUAUUACAUCUGAAUACAAGACUGCGCACGAAGAGCUGGCCAAAUCCAUGACCAUGAUCCUCAAGCCUUCUGCUGACUUUCUAACCUGUAACAAGCUCCUCAAGUACUCAUGGUUUUUCUUUGAAGUCCUAAUAAAAUCUAUGGCCCAACACCUUGUUGAGAAUACAAAAAUAAAAUUAUUACGAAACCAAAGAUUCCCAGCCUCUUUUCAUCAUACGGUGGAAACCUUGGUUAAUAUGCUUAUGCCACACAUCACACAGAAAUACAAGGACAAUCCAGAGGCCUCUAGGAAUGCAAACCAGAGCCUUGCAUUCUUCAUCAAACGGUGCUUCACUUUCAUGGACAGGGGUUUUGUGUUUAAACAGAUUAAUAAUUACAUGAGCUUCUUUGCACCUGGAGAUCCAAAGACACUGUUUGAAUACAAGUUUGAGUUUUUGAGAGUUGUCUGUAACCACGAGCACUACAUUCCCUUAAAUUUGCCGAUGCCGUUUGGAAAAGGCAGGAUCCAAAGAUAUCAAGACCUUCAACUUGACUACACUUUGACAGAUGAAUUCUGCAAGAACCAUUUUCUAGUGGGCCUACUGCUCAGAGAAGUUGGGAAUGCACUGCUGGAAUUCAGAGAAAUUAGGCAGAUUGCCAUUAGUGUAUUAAAGAGCUUGAUGAUCAAGCAUUCAUUUGAUGACCGAUAUUCUUCCAGGAGUCAACAAGCGAGGAUAGCCACACUAUAUCUUCCUUUGUUUGGGCUCUUGAUUGAAAAUGUCCAGCGGGUUAAUGUGAAGGACACAUCCCCAUUCUCUGCAAUUCAGGGGAAUGCAAAAGAUGACCUAGUUAAUGUAGCUGCUGGAAAUCAAUUGGUGACUCCUCAGAAGCCAGGCAAUACCUUGGAUAACAGUCUUCAUAAAGAUCUCUUUGGCGUUAUUUCUGGCACAGCUUCCCCGCAUACCUCAUCUACGCCUAACAUAAACAGCGUGAGGAAUGCAGACUCCCGAGGGUCUCUCAUCAGCACCGAUUCAGGGAACAGUCUUCCAGAAAGGAAUAGCGACAAGAGCAGUUCUUUAGAUAAGAACCAGCAUGGUGGCUCUAUGGGAAACCAGUUGGUGCGCUGUGAUAAACUAGAACAAGCUGAAAUUAAGAGUUUGCUCAUAUGCUUCCUACAUAUUCUAAAAAGCAUGUCAGAUGAUGCACUGUUUACCUAUUGGAACAAAGCCACAACAUCAGAACUGAUGGAUUUUUUCAUAAUCUCAGAAGUGUGUCUGCAUCAGUUCCAGUAUAUGGGCAAGCGAUACAUUGCCAGGAACCAGGAGGGGUUGGGACCCAUAGUUCAUGACCGAAAGUCUCAGACAUUACCUGUUUCCCGUAACAGAACAGGGAUGAUGCAUGCCAGAUUGCAGCAGCUCAGCAGCCUGGAUAAUUCUCUCACUUUUAACCACAGUUAUGGUCACUCAGAUGCCGACAUUCUACACCAGUCAUCACUUGAAGCCAACGUAGCUACUGAAGUAUGCCUUACUAUCCUGGACACGUUGUCCCUGUUUACCAUGGCGUUUAAGAACCAACUAAUUGCAGAUCAUGGGCAUAACCCCUUAAUGAAGAAAGUAUUUGAUGUGUAUCUCUGCUUUCUUCAGAAGAACCAGUCGGAGACCACGUUAAAAAAUGUCUUCUCCGCUUUAAGAUCUUUAAUUUAUAAGUUUCCGUCAACAUUUUAUGAAGGAAGAGCGGAUAUGUGCGCUGCCUUGUGUUAUGAAAUCCUCAAGUGUUGUAAUUCCAAGCUCAGCUCCAUCCGGACAGACUCCUCUCAGCUGCUGUACUUCUUAAUGAGAAAUAACUUUGACUACACUGGAAAGAAGUCAUUUGUCAGAACACAUUUACAGGUGAUCAUAUCCGUAAGCCAGCUUAUAGCAGAUGUGGUUGGAAUUGGAGGCACAAGAUUCCAGCAGUCUCUCUCCAUCAUCAACAACUGUGCAAACAGUGACCGGCUCAUAAAGCAUACAACGUUCCCUUCUGAUGUAAAAGAUCUUACGAAAAGAAUCCGCACUGUACUAAUGGCCACAGCACAGAUGAAGGAGCAUGAGAAUGACCCAGAAAUGCUGGUAGACCUUCAAUACAGCCUGGCAAAGUCCUAUGCCAGCACCCCUGAGCUCAGGAAAACCUGGUUAGACAGCAUGGCCAGGAUUCAUGUCAAACAUGGGGAUUUAUCAGAGGCAGCAAUGUGCUAUGUACACGUGGCGGCUCUGGUAGCAGAAUACCUGACGCGGAAAGGAAUGUUUAGGCAGGGAUGCUCAACCUUCAGAGUGAUUACUCCAAAUAUUGAUGAAGAGGCAUCUAUGAUGGAAGAUGUUGGGAUGCAGGAUGUUCAUUUUAAUGAGGAUGUGCUGAUGGAGCUUCUGGAACAGUGUGCAGACGGCCUUUGGAAAGCUGAGCGUUAUGAGCUAAUUGCAGACAUCUAUAAACUCAUCAUUCCCAUUUAUGAAAAGCGUAGGGAUUUUGAGAGACUCGCUCAUUUAUAUGACACUCUUCACCGGGCUUACAGCAAGGUUACAGAGGUGAUGCAUACAGGCAAGAGACUUCUGGGGACCUAUUUUAGAGUGGCCUUCUUUGGACAAGCAGCGCAAUACCAGUUUACAGACACUGAAACAGAUGUGGAGGGUUUUUUUGAAGAAGAAGAUGGGAAGGAAUAUAUUUACAAGGAGCCCAAGCUGACUCCACUGUCUGAGAUCUCCCAACGCCUUCUCAAGCUGUACUCGGACAAAUUUGGUGCUGAAAAUGUGAAAAUGAUACAGGAUUCUGGCAAGAUAAACCCGAAAGACUUGGACUCCAAAUAUGCCUACAUCCAAGUCACGCAUGUCACGCCUUACUUUGAAGACAAGGAACUGCAGGAAAGAAAAACAGAGUUUGAAAAAAGUCACAAUAUUCGCCGCUUUGUGUUUGAGUUGCCAUUUACCCUCUCUGGAAAAAGGCACGGUGGGGUGGAAGAGCAGUGUAAACGCAGAACUAUACUCACUGCUUUACACAGUUUCCCUUAUGUGAAAAAGCGGAUUCCUGUCAUGUAUCAGCACCACACUGACCUGAACCCCAUAGAAGUAGCAAUUGAUGAAAUGAGUAAAAAAGUAGCUGAGCUUCGUCAAGUUUGCUCUUCUUCUGAAGUGGAUAUGAUCAAAUUACAAUUAAAACUGCAAGGCAGUGUCAGUGUACAGGUAAAUGCUGGACCUUUAGCAUAUGCAAGAGCUUUCUUGGAUGAUACCAACACUAAAAGAUAUGCAGACAACAAAAUAAAGCAACUAAAAGAGGUUUUCAGGCAAUUUGUUGAAGCAUGUGGCCAGGCCUUGUGUGUAAAUGAAAGGCUCAUAAAGGAAAACCAGUUUGAAUAUCAAGAAGAGAUGAAAGCUAAUUACAGAGAAAUGGUGAAAGAGCUGUCUGAAAUCAUGCAUGAGCAGAUUUGGUGCGGAGAGGAAAAGAUCAGUGUUAUGCAGAACUCACUUCACAUCUUCAAUGCCAUAAGUGGAACUCCAACAAGCACAACAGUCCAUGGAAUGACCAAUUCCUCCUCCAUUGCAUGAUUGUCCUUGUCCUUGUUCAUUUCACACCAUGCCUCACAUAUGGCUAUCUCAGGAUGCUUUGCAGAGCCCAUGGUCUUCUAUAAAUGGAUGACCAUUUACUACUAUUACAGAUGUUUAGCCAACUUAUAUGGUUGUUGAAAUAUGGCUGGGUAUGGUUAUUGCAGGAGCCAUAACGCCAUGUGUGUUUGUGUGUUACAUUUGGCAAUACCUGCUUUUAAAAAAAAAAAAAAAAAAGUCAAAAGGGGAAAAGUAAUGUAUUAAAUAUUUUUAUGCUAGCUAGAACCCUACUUUAGGGCAGUCACAAGGAAUAGCACAGUAGGUCUUAAAGGAGAAGAUAUCAAGGAAUGUAUAGUAUAUUAUAUAAAAUAUGACACUAAAGUUUACAUAUUAGUUUUAAAACCAAGCACAUUUAGUCUUCAGUCAGUUAACUAUUUUUUUCCCCAUUCCUCUGCUGUUUGUGUUUUUAAAUACGGACGAUCUUAAUUUUAUUUUAAUGCUCAACUGGAAAUAAGGUUCAUAUGUACAUGCAAUUUAGCUUAGGAUCACUGAAUGCUUGCUAAGGAUUGUAUUUCCUUGUUUGUAUUAUGGAUUGUCUGUGAUCUUCCAAAUUUAACUUAUACAAAAUACACACGAAAAACCUUAAUAUUUCACCUCUUCACACAUUCACACUGCUUUUACUAGUCCGUCCUGAAAGAUGUUACUGAGUAUUGAGAAUGUAUAUAUUGUUAAUUGACACAAAUCAUUUUUUCUGUACAUAAACGUGUUACAUUUCUAUGCAUUUUUUUAAUGUUCAUUGCUGAAAACUUUUAUUGUGACAAAUGUGCUUAUUCAUUUUACCUGCUAUAUUUUUGUCUUUACAGUUUAUUCUUGUACAUAAACAAGUGCAAUACAAAGACGUAUACAGUCUUUGCUAUGUUAGGUUUAUACACUGUUCAAAAGAAAACUUUUCUUUUUGCCAAAGCAAAGGUCAUGUAUGUAUUGGUGGUUAUGAAUACUGUGGUUAAAUGGUGGUGUUAUUUAAAGCUUUGAUCAUAUUGUUCUUUCAAAAUAAUAAUUUAGUAAUUUUAUAUUUGGGGAGGGGUGAAUACAAAGUUUUUAAUUUUAUUUAACUGGAAAAACAGUCCUGCUGUAAUUAACAUUGUGUACUACAUAUGUAUUAAAGGAAACUGCUAAUUUCCCUGUUUUAUUUUGCUUUCAUCAA